AUGUGUAGUUCAGCCACAGACUUCAAAGAUAGAGUUGAAGCUGGAUUGAGAACAACCAAAAGAGGAACAAAAAUGUUUGAACCAGUGGGAAAAAUGAACAACCUAAAGAGCACACUAAAACAGUUGAAUAAAGAGAAAUUUACCGAGGUGGAAAAGAGGGCAGACCAAGCAAUGGAGUUUUUAUUUAUCAAAUGGAUAGAGGAGUGUCUUACUACUACACAGUAUAGCAUAGCUCUAAAUGGAGGGUUGUAUGGAAAAAUUCAAGGGAAGAUAGGACUCAGUGAAGGAGACCCAAUAUCCCCCUUGCUAUUCGUCAUAUGCAUGAAAUAUUUUACAAGAAUCCUCAACCAGGUGGCACAAAUGACAGGCUUUGAAUAUCACACAAAGUGCAAAGGAAUAAAGCUCAACCACCUGUGCUUUGCAGAUAAUAUGCUACAUUUCUGCAAAGGAACUUACCAGUCAGUACUAUUGUUGCUUAGGGGAUUACAAACAUUUACAAAUGCUUCUGGACUGAGUACAAAUGCAGGGAAAUCGAAUAUUUUUUCAACUAAUAUGGAAGGCCAGCACUUAGCAGAUCUUUGUAAGGUCACUGGAUACAAGAAAGGCACUCUUCCAUUCAGGUAUCUUAGGGUUCCAAUCACUGCAAGGAAACUAUCUGCACUAGAUUGUGAAAUGUUAGUGGACAAGAUGGUAACAAGGGUGACCACACGGAGCUUGGUGAUGAAGAAGAUCAUAGCAAUAUGUAGGAACUUUCUGUGGGAUGGAAAGGUGACAACAGACAAAACUCCUCUGAUUGCUUUGGAAUUGAGUGCAGAUUGGUGGCAAUACAAACCACCAAUCGACUGUUCAUGGUACUGGAAGAGAAUUUGCUCGAUCAAGGAGAGGUUCAAAGAUGGAUAUAUAGGGAAUGGGUGGCUUGCACAGAAUGGGAGGUACUCUAUCCAGAGCGGGUACAAAUGGAGAAGGGGAGAGCAAGACAACUGGCAGUGGGAACGAAUGCUUGAAGCUAAUAUUGCAAUGGCUUUUGAGAAUUCAAAAUACAAUACUCCAAGGACUAUAGAGAAGAACGACAAGGAAGAUUAA